AUAAUGUGUAUGAUUUGACUUAUCCCAUCACGCUGCUUUUCCCAUUUAUGGCGUUGCAUACCCAUACUCCUGGACACUUGAAACAGAGUAAUAAGAGGCAUAAGGGUGAAAAAAAAUCCUUGAAGGUCCAGAAUAAAAAAUUGCGUUACCGAAAACAUGAUAAAAUAUUAUCUAAAAAUGAGCGCAAGCUUAAGUCAAAACAACUCCGGGAUGCCCGGACCUCUCUGGUUAAAAACUUGCUCACUUCUAAGGGUGAUUACGGGACACCACCUCUAUUGUGCGUACUUAUUCCACUUUCUGAAAGCGUUGAUACGGAAUUAGCAAAGCAUCUUCUUUACAAAUGUGAUAGUAGCUCCGUGCCAUUCAAUCCAUUUAAGGAUGAACCUUUUUCGAUUAGUAGAUAUCCUUUGUAUCUAGAUUCGAAACGCCUUAAAAAGCGACUUUGUCUGGUAACCGGGCGAUAUAAUGAUUUAUUCGAAUGUAUUGAUCUCACUCAUGUAGCAGAUUGGGUGAUUUUUAUCCUGCCUAGGGACGUUGAUGAGUUGAGGUCCGCAUAUUGUGAACAGCUUCUGACUUCAUUAUACAGUACUGGUCUUCCUGCCCAUUGUUUUACAGUUCUUUCCAAUCAAUGCUGCACUAAAUCACUCAAGAAAUUUCUGGAGUUAAAAUGUACCUGA